AUGAUCGUACUCAGUCUUCAACUCACGAAUUUCUGCAUUGCGGUUGACAAUACCAUUAUUGCCACCGCCAUACCCAGAAUCACAGAUCACUUCGGCUCCUUGGGUGACGUGGGAUGGUACGGCUCUGCGUACCUCUUGUUCGUCUCAGGCUUCCAGCUGUUCUUCGGACGACUGUACAGCUUUCUGAACAUGAAAUGGCUCUUUAUCGCCUGUGUUGUUGUUUUCGAGGUUGGAUCUCUGAUUUCAGCGGUCGCUCCGACCUCAGCUGGACUCAUCGCUGGUCGAGCCAUCUCCGGAUUUGGUGCCUCAGGCAUAUUCACCGGCUGCCUUACGACCAUAUCGACAGUAACACCAUUGGAAAAACGUGGCGCGUUUAUUGGACUGAUCACUGCUGUCUAUGGGGUAGCGAGCAUAGUGGGACCGCUGCUGGGAGGCGCACUGACGGACCACGCCACCUGGAGAUGGUGCUUCUACAUCAAUCUGCCGAUCGGAGGAGUAACAGUUCUCAUCUUGAUCUUUUGCCUCCAGUUCCCGCCUUCACCACCAAAAGAGAAAAAAACCUUGAAAGAGUACAUUCUACGAUUCGAUCCCAUCGGUACAAUCCUGUUCGCUCCUUCGAUCAUAUGUCUUUUGAUUGCGCUCCAAUGGGGUGGGACAACAUACGCAUGGAGCGAUGGCAGAAUUAUCGCCCUGCUGGUGGUGUUUGCUGUUCUGCUUCUUGGUUUUGCAGUGGUACAGCCCUUCAUGAAAGAUAACGCGACCUUAAACAAGAAAGCCGUGACCUCGAGACACGUCAUGUGCGCUGCACUUUACUCCUUUUGCGUCAGUGCGUCUUUCUUCGUUAUGGCGUACUUCAUUCCACUCUGGUUCCAAGCGAUCCGGGGUGCUUCGGCAGUACGAUCCGGAAUUGACCUGUUGCCAUUCAUGAUCAGUCUUAUCUUGAGUAUCAUGAGUGGCGGCUUCCUUGUUAGCAAGAUUGGCUGGUACCACCCAUUCAUGUUCGCUCCAAUUACUCUAGGAUCUAUUGGCGCGGGACUGAUUUACACAUGGGACAUUGAUACUUCCACAAGUCGACUGAUUGGAUAUCAGAUCCUGUUUGGCGUGGGUGUUGGACUUGGUAUCCAACAAGGGAUCGUGGCUGUCCAGUCGGGGAAGAAUAUCGAUAUUGCCAGCGGCAUAGCACUUCUCUGCUUCGCCGAAAACUUCGGUGGUGCGGUGUUUGUGAGCGUGGCCCAGAAUCUAUGGGCCAACAAACUUGCAGAAAAGUUGCAGCGCAUUGCAAAUCUUGAUCCAGCCCUCGUUGUCAAGACUGGUGCUACAGAGAUCAACAGCUUGACAAAAGAUCCCGAGACGUUGAGGUUAAUCAGAGUCGCCUACAAUGACGCUCUGUCGCAGCCGUUCUUGGUCGCACUAAUCUUGCUGUGUAUUGCUACUAUCGGAACCCUGGGAGUUGACUGGAACAACCUCAAGGCAAAGAACGAGAAGAAGGCAGAUAGACGCACUUUGAGAUCUUUCAGCACCAUACCCAAAUACAAAGAUAGGCGGGAGGACACCUAUCAUCUGGAUCAUCCGCAAGCACGACAACUCUAG